ACAAAACGAGGUAACUUUAAACUAUAAUGAUGGGCAAAGGUGUUGUAGGUACGAUUCUGCUCUUCAUGUUGAUCGGUUCGGUUUUUGUUGAGACUCGUCCCAUUGGUGGUCUAACAAAGACUGAAGAGAAGAAACUCGUGGCUGAUUUUAUCGAUGGCUUAUCACUGGGUUCGAUCAAAGACUCAGGUCCCAGUCCAGGGAAGGGUCAUAAUUUCGUGGACGGAAGUGAUACGUCCCGAUUUGAAAAGCACUACGGUCCAAGCCCAAGAGGACUGGGUCACUAAUUUUUCAAAUCUUAGUUCAACCCCGGCCGGUUUAAAUUCCCGUCUCCAUCUAGGUCCAAAAUAUUGUUUCAUUUUUGUUCGGCUGGUUUAAAUUCCCGUCUCCAUCUAGGUCCAAAAUAUUGUUUCGUUUUUGUUAAAGAGUCAAU